UGGGGAGUAUAGCAUUUUGUUGGGGAAUCUAUUCAGCCAUGGAAUGAUCCACAUUUAGUGCUUUAGUGAGUGUUUGGGCCAGUAGAGUGCUUUGGUUUGGGGGGGGGCGACUCAAAAUCUGUUUUAAAGAACCAAGAUAUUUGAUGCUUAAUGGAAAGAAAAUACACUAAGAUGGGCACUCGGUUAAGGCAAAGCAAGAUAAACAAGCACAUAAAAAUAGAGCUGCUGUUCUGAAACACAGAGUAUAAAUCCAUCUUUGAUGUGGUGUUGAAAGUUACUUUUGACUCUUAUUUUGAAAUUAGGAAGGUGGAACACCCUGGUGUGCGUCACAAUCAUACGGUUGAACGCUGAGUUGUGAUUUGCCGGAAACCAGCGCCUCACGAUUAAACCUUACGUGAGCAGAAAACACCUCACCACGAAACAUAAAGAGGAUAAGAGCCGCGAGGAAGGAACAAAGUUGAUUUUAAAAGUUAGGACCAUGGCACUUGGAGAGUGUUGGAAGCAGUUAUCCUGGUUUUACUACCAGUAUCUUCUGGUGACAGCCUUGUACAUGCUGGAGCCCUGGGAGAGGACGGUGUUCAACUCCCUGCUGAUCUCUGUGGCUGGUAUGGCCAUAUACACCGGCUAUGUGUUCAUGCCACAGCACAUCAUGGCCAUCUUGCACUACUUUGAAGUCAUCCAGUGAUCCGGAUCGUCCUGUAUGUCUGUGGCUUCCUGUCAGUCCAUCUGCCUACUCCCCAUUCACCUGUCUUUCUGCUGUCCUCUGGGGUUCUGCAGCAGAAAUUCUCUCCUUUCCAAGACUGAUCCAGUAUCAACAGUCAAGUAUCUGGCUGGGAGGGUCAUGCCAGAUACUUGGUUGGACACUGUAGGCAAAGAAACAGUCCUCACGACUGUUUCUUUGCUACCGACGUUCAGAUUGUAAGCAGUGCUGGGCUUGGAGGCAAAGCCUUGAAAAGGGGUGCGCUUGGUUUUGAUUCACAUUAAGUUGUUCUUUGUGCUGUGCUUUUUUUUUUUCUCCUCUCUCUUCUGGAUCAAUUAUGCCUUAAUGUGUGUACGUUAAGAGGACUAUUUUGUUAAUUUCAUUGAUACACUAAAACAGUUGUUGUCUUAGUUACAUUCAGAGAUGGGACACUGGACGAUGGACAGAAUAUGUAGAAUAAAAAAUACACCAUUUUUUGAGCAGGACCGGAUCGGAGGGCACCUGAUUCUCAAUCCAGGCUGUCAAGUUGUUGCUUUUAGGAACUGAUAAACUCUUUUCCACCUUAACUAUUUCCCAUCACUUUUAUGCUAUGGUUUGUACAUACGGGCACUGUAACUUGUGAUCGUGUGCAUCAUCAGACGGUUCAGUCAAAAGGUUAAUCCUUUUACAAUAUAAAGGUCAAAGGCAUGACUUAAACUGCUGAGUAACUUUCAGUGACUUCCUCUCAAAUCAAAUGCACUUGCAGUGAGUUAAAUGAGUGAUUUAUUCUCCACGUUGAAGGUGCACAUCUGUAAAAAAUGCUUUUGUUUCUACUUCCACCACUACAAUAAGGACCUUCAUCCCUAUCCCAUUAGUCCAAGCUGGGUCAGGAUGUAAGUGUGAUGAUGCAGUCUGGGCAUUUUAGAGAAUCUUGGUCUAAAACACCCGCCCAUUUUAAAGGAUUUGUUGCCCACCUGAAGGUCUUGAGUGGACAUGAGUUGACUCAAUUUGCCGUAUUCCAAAUUUGGUUAGUCCCCAUAAAUUAUUUCAAUAUUGUUCAGUUGUCUCUUUUCCCUUCCACACACAUUGUCAUUUUUUAAGUGGCACUGUAAUCACUUAAAAUUCCAGGGAUCAAAUAAAUAGUCAUCACAGUGUGAACUUGCUGCAACAAAGCUGGGUUUGACACAUCCAUUUGUUAUCUUCUUUUUUUAACUUUACACUCCAGCCCUUAUUGCUGUAAGCCAAAUUAACACGGUCUGAUUUUGGGCACAGCAGUUCUGCCUGCACUAAGUACUGCUGUUUUACUGUCAUCACUGCAAAUCAAAUUGUACAGAAUACACCUCCAAACUACUGAAUGAAGUUUCAUUGUCAUGAGAAUGGUGCAAGUAUUAAUUUGUUGAUGCAGAAAAUGUAGAGAUGUUGUUAAGCUUGAUUUUAAUUUGCUGCCAAGUCUAAUUUAGACCAGUGGAACUGCAGCGACUAGAGCACACCAAGAACACCUAUACAGUCAAUAUUAGUAAAUUCACUUUGAUCUACUGAGAAACUAAAGCGAUUUUUUUUUUUUUCCUUUAUGAGGCUGUGAGACAGUAACGUGUGGUUUUAUGUGCUUGUACAUAUGCAUUGCUCUGAAAAGCCAGCAUUGUCCCCUUUUAUGCUUAAGAGUGCUCAGUUAUCCAAAGUUUAUGUUACUGUGGUCAUCAUUAAGAGUUUCUUCAGCACAGAAAUGUUAGCGAAAAUACAUUUUAAUGUGAAAAUAUUUUAUGUGUAUUUGUACUGCCAAUGUUACUCCUGUAAGAAUUACGAUCCCCUUUCCUUGCAAAAUGAUGUAUUUUUCUCAAUUAUGUAUAUAUAACCUUAAAUACAUAUUUGUAAAGUUUUAUAGUCAAAUAUAUUAGUAAAUGGAAUUAAUCAUUUGUGUUUGUGAGCUAUUUCUUCUUCUACAUGACUGAACUCAUUAAAGGGAUGUUAAACUAACGUUGUUCCACUUGGUCUCAAUCCUUCCUGUGGACUUGUCAGUGUAGGCCACUAGAUGGCAGGGUUUCUAUGGUUUUUCUUUUUCUCUUUUUUUUUUUCUUUUUUUUUUUUUGCUCCUGCAAUCCAAACAAGAAUGAACGCAGUUGCGUUGUUAUCAGUGAAUGUAACUAUUAUUGUAAACAGUCCAUUCAAGACUUUCGUCA